AUGCCUGGACGCUCGCGGUUCCGCAUGACUGAAUACUGCAUUGGUACUGUGCCUGGAUCUGCUUUGUAUUUGUUUGUGCCGGAUCUUUUGACCCUGCAUAGCCUCAAUACAGAUUCGAGGCACGAUAUGUGGAUCAGCUUGCUUUGCAGAAUGCAGUUUGCCACAGUUCAGCGGAAUCACCGACGAUCGCUGGCAGCAUGUAGUGCAGGUCGGGAACUCAUCUUGGCUGCUCGAGGCUCCAAGCCGGGUGAUAGGCACAGAGCAUGCCGGGAUGUUACCACAAAACAAUUGCGUCGGACUCAAAGCGGGCCAACCACGCGACCAAGCUCGCUUCCACUGCUGGACGGGGGAUUUUGCAAUUCGACGGGUCGUGCUUGGGUGACCUGUUUCAUCUCAGACCGGUCUCCCAGUGUAGCCCGUCGGAAUCGGGCUCGUCGACCGUGCUGCGAGCGGUCUCGCCCUGCACCAACGGUCGAAAUGAGAGGAUCUUCCGUCUCCCGAACACUCGAUUUCAACGGACCCAAGCGGACACAAGCCCCACUUCGUUCCAUUUCGUAA